GCGUAGAUCAGAACACGUGCCGCAUUUUAAGAGGCAACAAACAAGCGCCAGGAAACAAAACAAACCCAGGAAGAACGUGACCAAAGCAACUGCAAUACCGUGUAUUUGUGUUUUUGUGCAAAACCCAGGGAAGAAAAACGGAAAACACAACGAGCAAAAAGUUAUUAAUGUACUGUUGGAGCAGCGUCAGCGUCGCCAGAUAAAGAUACUUGAAGCGUAUAACUGAUAACCACCAACCCCUGGAACGCCCCGCCACAAAAAGCAACAACAUCAGUUAGUCAGGGAGCCAGCAGAGUUAAGAUGGGACAAACGUUGUCGGAGCCGGUGACAGCAAAAGAAUCAUCAUAUUGUCGCAAUGAUCAAUAUCGUGUCGGCAGCAGUUGCAUGCAAGGAUGGCGCAUCAAUAUGGAGGAUUCACACACACACAUCUUAUCGCUGCCCGGUGAUCCGGGCACAGCGUUCUUUGCCGUCUAUGAUGGCCAUGGCGGAGCCACAGUGGCCCAAUAUGCGGGCAAGCAUUUACAUAAAUUUGUUAUAAAGCGACCCGAAUAUAAUACCAACGACAUUGCCAAGGCCCUCAAACAGGCAUUUCUCGAUAUCGAUUAUGAAAUGCAACAUAACGAACCGUGUGGCGAACAAAUGGCCGGUUCAACGGCCGUCGUUGUGCUCGUCAAGGAUAAUAUGCUUUAUUGUGCCAAUGCUGGCGAUUCGCGUGCCAUUGCCAGCAUAAAUGGCCAGCUGGAAACACUCUCCGUGGACCACAAGCCCAACAACGAGGCGGAAUCGAAGCGCAUCAUUGAGGGCGGUGGCUGGGUGGAAUUCAAUCGUGUUAAUGGCAAUCUUGCCCUCUCCCGUGCACUUGGUGACUUUGUGUUUAAGCGCGCGAACAAAAAGCCGGAAGACCAAAUAGUCACAGCCUACCCGGAUGUGGAGACACGCCAAGUGCAACAGGAUUGGGAAUUCAUUGUGCUCGCCUGCGAUGGCAUUUGGGAUGUCAUGAGCAAUGAGGAAGUGCUGCAAUUCUGUCGCACACGCAUUGGCCUCGGCAUGCAGCCAGAGGAGAUCUGUGAAGAGCUGAUGAAUCAUUGCCUGGCGCCCGAUUGCCAAAUGGGUGGUUUGGGUGGCGAUAAUAUGACUGUCGUUUUGGUUUGCCUGCUGCACGAUAAGCCCUACAGUGAUUUGGUGCAACGUUGUGCGGGCACGAGUCAACAGCAACAACAACAACAACAGUCUUCGCAUGCUCCAGAUACGGAAACCGAAACAGAGACAACAGCAGCUCCAGCAACACCAACACCAGCAGUAGAAACAACAACAGAAGCAGCGUCCGCUGAUACGGAUACCAAUAAAAGUGAUGCGCCUGCCAUGGAACUGUAAAACAAAUCAAGCAAAUAAAUCCUGUGCCGAUUAGAGUAGCAAAUGUGGAACCGGAAAUGAAAUUCGCUGCUGGCAGCACACACACAUACACACACACACAACAACACUACCACAUGUCCCGUUCCCGAAUGCAAUUCCUUUUUGAUAUUGAUUUCAAUAUACGCAAUUUGUUAUUGUCCCUAAAAACUGUAUUCUUUGUAUGCUGAAAUCGUGAAAUUCGGAACGCCAUUCAAAAUGUGAAUCAUGUGUACUUAACGUGCCUGUAUUUUUCGGUUAACUUUAACACACACAUACACACACUCGUACAAUCCUUACCAAUUUGUUAACUAGCUCCUCCAUACCGCGAUAGGGCUUAUCAAUAUUCUUUGUUGUGAGCAAAAAAAAAAGAAAGAAAGAAAGAAAAAAAUUGUAUUAAACGUUUAGUAUUUAUGUACCUAUAUAUAUUUUGACCUUUUAAGCAUUUUGGGAUUGGUCUUUUAAAUUUUAGAAACUAAAAACAAAACACAAUUCGAUGAUAGUAAGAGCUGAAAUUGUAUUUGUAAUUAUAAUUAAUAUUAAUAAAAAGUAAACAAUGUUUUUGUAGUACCCACAAGAAAUCGUAUCGCUAAAAACAAAGAAUAAUAGUAAUUCCAGAAAAAUAUAAACUUAAAAAGUAUACGGUUUUAACUACGGGUUUAUCGAUCCAAAGUAGUCAUGCUAGAGGCCUUUUUACAUCGCAAUAAUAUAUAUAUAUAAUAUGAUAAAAUGAGAUUUCAAAUACACACACACAAAA